AUUUUAUUCCAAAAGUUUACGAAUAUGAAAAUAUACUUGUAAAUAAUAAGAUUAAAAUAGAACAAGAAAAAAAUAAAUGUUUAGAAUAUGAAAUAGAAAAUAGAAUAUUGAAAAAAUACAAUGAAAAAUUAGAAAACAUCAAUAAAGAAUUAGAAAAAGAAAUUAGAGAAAUUAGAAAAGAAAUUGAAGAAAAUAACAGAAAAUUUGAUGAUAUUAAAAAUCAAAAUAAUUUAAUUCUAGAAAUUUUAACUAAAAAAUAA